UUGCACUCCGUUGCGGAUAUCUACUGUGAAUGCUGCCGCACUGUCCUUGGCUGGAAGUACGAGCAGGCUUUUGAACCGAGUCAAAAGUACAAGGAGGGCAAGUACAUCAUUGAACUGGCGCAUCUGAUCAAAGACAAUGGGUGGGACUGGUCAGUCUGCGAGUCUGAGCAGCGCAGGUUCUUGUGA